UUUCAUCUUGUUGCCUGCAGGAAGGGAAAACAGUUUUCACGAUGCGCACUCAUAUUGAAGCAGAGAAGCGUUCGAACAAGUAUCUCGAGGGGUUCGCUGAGUUUUCACAUUACAUAGGAAGUGAUGAGACCCUAUCAGUGUAUCGGCGGUUUGGGACACUGGCGGCGCGAAAUAUUCUUUAUCUCCAGGCUGAGUUGCAAUUCUUAGAAGACGAACUGAAAAGGCUGGAUGAACAAGAUCGCAAAGAUAUCUCGAAAGGUUCAAACUUGGUUGAGAAGAACGCUAUAGAUGCGGCAGCAAGGAUGUGGGAAGCAUUUUCCGAUCAAGCUGAUCGUGGUAAUGAACGACAAUCAAAGAAGAUGAGGAUUGUUUUGAGGAUUAGGGAAGUGAUGCGAAUGUACGGUAAGUUUCUUCAACUCAAAAAAUGAUAAAAAAAUGAAAAAGGAAAACUGAAUCAACAACUUCACAGAAAAGGCAAUUUUACGACGUAGUCAAAUACUGGCCCUAAAUAGCCCUUCAACAAAAACCCUCCUAGCCUUCACGAACUGGUUUCGAAGCCGCGUGCCAUUCCGGGCGAGCUCGUUUACUCUACUUGACGAUGAAAAAGAUCUCAUGUCCCUCUACACAGAGGAAAAUUCCGAUCGGCUUUCAACAUUCAUACAACAAUACUUUGGAUAUGCUCUUCAGAGCCGAGAAGACCCGAUCCCCGAAUCGUGGGAGGGAAUGUACUACUUUCCGCACUAUACAGUCGCUCGUUUUGUUGCAGUCUUGAGUGUUUUAAUCAGUGUUUUAUUGCUCUUUGGUGCUAUUCUUGUGUUAUAUUUUAUUCCGGCUCAAAACAUGGGUAGACGAUUAAUUGCAAUUGGAUUUUUCACAACGGGGUUUGCCCUUAGCGUUGGAGUUUUGACGAAUGCGAAGAGGGUGGAGAUAUUUGCUGCAACUGCCGCGUGAGUUUUUGUGCCUUCCGAAGUUUGUAAUAUAAAUGCUAAUACUGCGAAGUUAUACGGCAGUUUUGGUGGUUUUCUUGGCCGCCCCAACUCCAGAUUAG